AUUACUUUCGUUAAAUUUCUCGUUAAAUCCUUAAAUCCGUGAAAAAAGUUUCCAAGACAAAAAAAAUUAAAUUCAAAAAUCUCAAAAUUAACUAGUUAAACCGCGACAAAACUCUCGAAAUUUUACAGUCUGCACUUUUAAUUAGAUUCAACACCGAAGUAAGGAAAAUGUAGUGUAACUAGAUAUGCGCUUCCGAACAUAAACAUGAAUUGAAUCGUGUAUAGGUCAACAAAAAAUUAAAUGUUUAUUAUCUGUUGAAUUCCAACCAAAUAAUCAAUCAAUGAUCGUGCAAUCGUAAUUCGAAGGAAACGAAAAUAUUGAGUAUUUCAGUGGUAAAUUAACACUUAAUGUGAAUUGUAUUUACGGUCCGUGCAUUCGCCUGAUGACAUUUUAAUUUUUUCGAAAGCGUCGUGUCGUUUCAAAAAAAUAUUACUGUGUCACCCACAAAAAAAAAAGAAAAGAAAAUGAAAGAAAUUUUACUUAAAAAUGGAUUAAUAAGCUGGUGAUGAUGUGUGGCUGGAGAAUAUCACAGAAAUUCCGUUUUCCCAAUGGUUUAAACCGAAUAGCGAGAUUGUUGAAAAAGUGUACUUAAACUAACUAAGAAACACAAAGAGAUUAAAAACAGAAAAUCUUCCCUAGCUAAGAAAAACCAGUCCCAACUAAAAACAAAAUCGAAAAAGUGAAAUUUACGUUUAAAAAAACCGUGCUUACACUGAUCAAAAGGAUACAACCACAUGCGAAACUAACACAAAAAAAAUGGUGCCAAAAAUGCGGUAGAUGUGCUGAACGGGUGUGAAACAGAAUGAUUUCAAGUUACAAUUCCAUCAGCUUGGCGAAACAUUGCGAUCUUCAAUCAUGCAGUCACCGGAGUCAACACGCAUCAGUUCACGAUACAUUCUACAGGUUCACGUUGGCGCGUUGUCGAUUCACUAUGAAGCCUUAAGUGUCGAGGCGUCCAAACAAACAACAGCUGAAGAAAUUGUUUCUUGCAUCGUAGAACGUCUGAGCUUGCCGGGAAACAAUUAUGAAUUAGCUGAAGUUGCUGGCGAAUGUAAGGAACGACGACUGGCGCCCGACGAGAAACCCGUAUCUGUGAUGCUUUUAUGGCCAAUGCAUUCAGAGAGAGAUUUUCAUAGAUUUUAUUUGAGAGAGUCACAAAACGAUGUACCAUGGAUAGAUAGUUAUGGAAUUGAUCCGCAGAUGUUUAGAGAUUUUAUACCAUUCCUAUUGCAACCGGAGAAUCGUGAAUAUCCCGACUUGUGUCAAUUGCCUGAUUUGAACGAAUCAACGCUGCUGGAAAAUCUCCAGCAACGGUUCGAAGCGGGCCACAUAUACACCUAUGUCGGUAGCAUACUAAUAGCAGUCAAUCCAUUCAAAUUUCAUCCGAUCUACAAUCCAAAAUAUGUUCGUUUAUACCAAAAUCAGCGAGUUGGUCCCAUUUUGCCGCCGCAUAUUUUUGCUAUUGCCGACAAUGCAUACUAUUGUAUGUUGAAAGAGAAACGAAAUCAAUGUGUUGUGAUAAGUGGUGAAAGUGGUUCGGGAAAAACGGAGAGUACCAAUUUCUUGUUACAUCAUUUGACCGCAUUGUCACAAAAGGGUUCGCAUGGUAGCGGCGUUGAGCAGACAAUAUUAAGUGCUGGACCGGUAUUGGAAGCAUUUGGUAAUGCGAAAACGGCUCACAACAAUAAUUCCAGUCGAUUUGGAAAGUUUAUACAGGUCAACUACAGAGAAAAUGGAAUGGUACAGGGAGCGGUGGUUCAAAAGUAUUUACUGGAAAAGAGUCGUAUCGUAUCGCAAGGUCCAUACGAACGAAAUUACCACGUCUUCUAUUAUCUACUCUCCGGCGCCACCGACCAAGAACGCGACAUACUCCACUUGCUGCCUGCCGACAAAUAUUGUUAUUUAAAUGCCAAAAAUUUAACUUUAGAAAAUUGUGAUGAAAAAUACGAAUUUUCGCGACUGAAACAGAGCAUGGAAAUGGUUGGUUUUUCGGCGGAAAAACAGCGUCGCUUAUUCAACGUUUUGUCGGCGGUAUUGCUAUUAGGAAAUGUAGAAUUUUUCCCGAAAAAAUCCACCUACCAUCAUGACGAAAGUGUACAGGUGCGAAAUCAUGUGGUAGUCGGCAUCAUAUCGGAGUUGCUAAAAGUUAAACAGGACACUCUGCUGGCAGCGUUAACCUCGAAACGUGUAAAAGCUAGUGGUGAAACGCUGAUCAUGCAAUAUAAAUUGCCGGAAGCUAUAGCCGCUAGAGAUGCUCUGGCCAAAUGUUUAUAUGGAGCAUUGUUCGAUUGGAUCGUUUUGCAAGUGAACCAUGCUCUGCUAAACAAAGACCAGGCUAUACACACCGGACAUUCGAUUGGUGUCUUAGAUAUAUUUGGAUUUGAAGAUUUCGGAUCGCAAAAUAGUUUUGAACAAUUGUGUAUUAACUACGCAAACGAACACCUUCAGUACUAUUUCAAUUUGCACGUUUUCAAGUAUGAGCAAAAUGAAUAUAAAAAGGAGGGCAUCAAGUGGCGAGACAUAGAUUUUAUGGACAAUUCGGGAUGUUUGCAAUUGUUUGAAGUGAAACCGACCGGCUUGUUAUGCAUACUGGAUGAUUUAUGCAAUUUUCCCGGUGCCACCAACGAGACGUUACUCCAAAAAUUCAACAGUGUUCAUAAGGAUAGUCAAUUCUACGAAAAACCGCAAAAGAAGGAAAACGCUUUCAUAAUCCGUCACUAUGCCGGAAAGGUGAAAUAUCAGGUCACGGAAAUGCGAGAGAAAAAUCUCGACCUCAUGCGACAGGACAUCGUGAGUGUGUUGAAAAAUUCCAGUAUGGCAUUCGUUCGCGAAUUGGUUGGCGCCGAUCCGGUGGCUGUGUUCCGAUGGGCUAUUAUUCGGGCAUUUUUUCGUGGUUAUUUUGCAUUCCGGACGGCUGGCGUCAAACAUCGCAAAGAGCGAACGGAUCAAUCGCUUACUAAAUUGCCUGGCAAAAAUCGAUUCAAACCGCAUAAUGAUCUGAUACUCAGCCAUCUAGUGACAGUGUCAUCAGUAAACCUAACCAUAUAUAGAAUUGCUACACCAAACGACACAACGACGACAUUUGCUCAAUACCAACUCAACGUACAACCAAAUAAAAGUCCACGAAAAUCCUGGUCCAGUAUCGCGUACAAUAAUAAAAAUUUCCCCGACGGAAAACUGGGCUACGAACUGCAAUCGUUAACAUCGAACGUUUUGACUAGCAACAACAGCAAAUUGUUUGGCAAAGGUGCAAUGAAAUUCGAACGCCCCGGUCAAGAUGUUAUGGCCCGAGCGUCACAGAUUGUGCAAAAAAAUAAAUCAUUUCGUCCGCGCGAACGUCCCAAGAAGGGAUUAAAGAAUUUGCAAACCGUCAAAACAUUGACAGCCGGACAAAAUUUAUCGAAUCAAUCGACGGUGAAAACGCGAAAGCAACCACUUACCGUAACAGCACAAUUCCAGAAUUCGUUGACCGCCCUGAUGGACACACUGAAUCAGGCAAAUCCAUUUUUCAUCAGAUGCAUCAAGUCUAAUCCGUAUAAGAUUCCGAAUAAGUUUGACGAGCCGACCGUAAUACGACAGCUACGUUAUACGGGAAUGCUUGAAACGGUUCGGAUUCGCCGUGCCGGAUACAACGUUCGUCUCACUUAUGAGGAAUUCAUUCAAUUGUAUCGAAUAUUACUGCCGAAAGGUCUAGUCAGUUCACAAAAGGAUGUGCGUGAUUUCAUGAACACAAUGGAUCUGAACAAACAACACUAUCAGCUAGGUACUUCAAAGAUUUACAUGCGAGAAUCUCAGAAAAUUCGCUUAGAUGUGCGAUUGCACACCAAAAUCAUCGACAGUAUCAUUCGAAUUCAAUUGUGGUUUCGCGGUAUAUUGCAAAGGCGUAAAUUUACGACACAUCGAUCGGCUGCCAUUACCAUUCAGUCGUAUUGGCGGAUGUAUGUGGCUCAGAAGCAAUAUCAACUGAAGAAAAGUCAAGUGGAUGCUGUGGUAUUGAUUCAAGCGACGUGGCGAAUGUUUGUGACAAGAAAAUGGUUCAAUCGAUUGCGUAAAGGCGUUGUUAUUGUGCAGGCACACAUUCGUGGGAAAUUAGCGAGAAUAAAUUUCAACAAGGCACACAGACAGAAAGUACUUAAGGAACGAAACAAACUACGUCCGACACAAAGUUUACCUGCCCACGAGCGAUCAAUCGAUGCCGGCUUCGAUCGUUCCAUUAACAUUCCAUAUCACAGUUUCGACGCAGACAUUCACAAUCCGUCAAAAUUAAUUCCGUACGCCAAUCGUGUCAAUGACAGUCUAAACGAUUUUUCAUUGCUGCAACAACGGCACGUUUUGCAUCGGGCGGAAAAUCAAUUCCGAACGUUAAUCAUCAAUUCAGCAGCAACCAAUAGCAACAAAGAUCCAUUUCAAAGUUCGACCAGUCUGCCGCAUCACGACUAUCAGAAUUUGAAUUUCGCCAACGUUGACUUGAAUCAAGCGAAGCGAUCGGGUGAUGAAACAGUGGUGGAUAGUCGCAGCUCAAGAUUUUACGAUGUGGAACGUGCAACCAAGCAUUACUAUGAUGAUAUCGAGACGAGCAAACGAUACGAUCAAUCAGCAAAGACUCCAGUACGUCGAGUCGACUCUGGUCCAGCCGCCGAUUCACUACGAUUCGAUUCAUCCGCUUACAAAUAUCCAAUGAGCAAUGUUGACGUAGUGUUGGUUAACACAGCGCAAUCAUCAGAUCAAAAUAAGUCACGAGCAUCGGCUCCAGCGACAGCGACUCCAUCAAAAUCACGUCGUGAUUUAGUUAGUCUCAGUACUGGUGACGAAUUGAAUUCAAAUUACCAGCAUCAUAACUACCAGAAUUUAGCGAUGAAGACAAGUCCACAGCAUUCGGCUUCGUCACAAAACUAUGCUCAAUUCGGCAAAGGACACCCGCCCAGCGAUGAUGUUUCGGGAAAGAUUCCAGCGUACACAAAUACCCCGAAAGGCAAAGCAGCUGCUUUGUUAGGUACAAUAUCCGAGGACAAACAUACGAGGGUCGACAAUAUCAUAUCCAAAGCCCGUCGCACAGUCAAAUCGAAUCUCAGCGAUGAAUUCGUUGUAUCCACAUCGCAGCCGCAUCAUCAUCUACUGUCCCGCCAGAGUCCAGUUACCAGCGACUCACUACGACGACGCAAUUCGGAUCCGAGUGCAAAAAUCACAUUACUGGAUGUUAACCGUGGCAAUGACAUGUACCAAUCCAGUACUCACAUCAACAUUGCGGGACAUCGAUUCCGCAAGGCGGCACGAAUUGGCAAAGCGGAAAAAUGCGCCAGCUGUCAGGAGAGUGAUGCAUUUGUCAACGAAGGUCAUCGGUGUUUGGAUUGCAAGGUUUUAGUGCAUACGAAGUGCAUCCAAAACGGUGGCGUCAAAACGUUACAGUGUGAAGCGAAACGUUCGAAGCGAUUGCGGAAAAAUAUUGACAAAUCGACGCCAAAUUCUAAGUAUUCCGGAACACGCGAAUACACCGACUCGACGGAUAAAAUCAUCAGCGAUGCUAAAGAGUUACAGCUAAUGCAAGACUUUAUAACGCAAAAGAUUUGCAAAAUGGACAACGACUGUGGCAAACCGUCAGAAGUGGAUCGGGUGUUCAAGCAGGCAUUGCGGGAAUUCAAAGACAAUCUGGUGGCACAAUACAGUGUGGCGCAUAAACAGAACUCGGAUACUUUGAACAUUAAGUAUCGGGAUUUGAUUGCAAAUUUUGAGCAUGUGAUGGAAACGUGUUGCGGCCGAAAGGAUGAUUUCCCGCUGACAAUGGGUGUUAAUGCAUUUCGUGGUUUUUUGAACGAGUUCAUGAAUUCUAGGGAAACGGACAAACCGAAAGCGAAAAGGAAAAAGGAGAAGAAGAGGAAAGUGGACGAGCAUACCAACUACAAUGGUCACACAUUUCAACUUACAAUCAUUAACAUUCCAACUGCUUGCGAGAUUUGUCAAUUAUUUUUACUUUGGCCAAUCGAACGUGGACUGGUCUGCCAAAACUGUCGUCUGACGUGUCACAAAAAGUGUUACCAAAAAACACACACCUGCAACAAAGUGUCCAGUCCAUCCAAUAAUAAUACAUCGCACACGGCAAUACUUAAUUCCACACUAUUCGGUGUGCCAUUGACCAAUCUGUGCACGGCCGAGGGUGGCGUUAAGAUUCCCGUCAAAAUCGAACAAUUGAUAACGAAAAUCGAAAUGCACGGAUUGUAUGCCGAAGGAAUUUAUCGUAAAAGUGGUGUCAAUUCGAAAAUCAAAGAAUUGAAAACGAAAAUGUCUGAAGCGACUGCUUCGUCGGAAUUGGAUUAUGAAUCGUAUAAUGUGCAUGUGUUGGCCAAUGUGCUAAAAUCAUUUCUACGCGAAAUGCCCGAACCAUUGCUGAGCUUCGAUCGAUACGACGAUUUUUUGCGUGCCAGUGAACUAUCUGAAACGGCUGAUCGAAUAUCCACUCUAAUGUCAUUGAUAAAGAAAUUGCCGACAUCGCAUCACGCGCUACUGGAACGAUUAGUUUUUCAUUUAGCACUGGUUGCACAACGUGAACAAUUCAAUCGAAUGUCGGCCAGUUCAUUAGCUAUCGUCUUUGCACCGUGUGUGCUCCGAACGAAUCGCCAGAUUCCGGCACAGGAUAGUCUGAACGAUAUUGGCCGGCAGACGAAGUGUAUCGAAACGUUGAUAACGCAAAAAAUGAUGAAUGUGAAGAGUACAUUAGCUGACAUUGAUACACUAGACACUGCCGCCCAUACAGCCACGACACGUCUGAGCACGUUACGCAGUUCUAAAGUUUUUACACCGGAAGAGAUGCCACCACGACCACCAAACAUCGAAUCGGAAACGGAAGAAAUGCUGUUGGAGGAUCAUAUCGAGGAGAUCAAAAAGGAAAAGGCAAUGCUAACGUCAACGCUUCCCAGCCUAGCACGAGCCAGUUCCGACGACGAUCUACUCUCUACCGAUAUGGAUGGCGAAGGCGGUAGCUUAGACGAUCUGAGUAGUGGUCGAUGUGAUCGGGAUAGUCAAUUUGUAGGCGAUGAAAGACAUUUUUUGAAAGACAGCAUUGAUUCAUCGAUUGGCAGUUUGGGUGAUAAUGUUAGUCGGAGAACAAUCGAAAGCGAUUCCAUAGCUAAAGAUGAUGUCGAUAUGUCUGAACCGGUUGCGGUUAGUUACAAUUUACGUGAUCAAAACAUUGAUUUCGUUCCGCCAACGCGUAAUAACGCUAAAAAUAACGACCGCGAUGCAUUUAUAAAGAACAGCUACUCGGUUCCGAAAUCCCAUGCUUCGGGCACAUCAUCAGCGUCCAUGUCGUCAGCCCGAUUGAUACUAAGCCAAGACAAUUUACAGUUUUCAGUCCAAAGUGGCGUUGAUCGGCCGAAAUUGAUGGCCGUUCGAAGUAUGUCAACGUAUGAUGCGUCGUCGGUGAAACCAGUUGUAUUAGAUAGUGCGAUUGAAUUGAGCGGUAAUGGUGCCAGUAAGGAUAAUAGAAAUAACAAUCGGAAUCCGAAACGACGCGGUAGCAUGGACGAUGAACCAAUCAUGGUGUGAUUUAGUUGUAAGACAAUUUCAAGUCGUGUGAUGAAGAGAUAAAUGGAGGGUGAGUCUGUUUUUUUAAAAGAAAAAUAUUUUUGUUUAAUGGUUCGUCCAAUUGCGAAUUGCCUCUUGAUGUUUUUGUUAUUCCUUUUCGAAACGAAAAUUAUAAGAUUGUUUGAUGACAACAAGAA